UACUACAGUCCAUGGGCAUUAGGGCAGUGAGAUUCAGGAGAAGAGCUUUCUGAAAUUUGUUCUGCUUAAAACGGAUUUGAUUCAACUGCAAUCGUCGUCUUAUCCUGAGAAUACGAUUUCAUUGUGAGCCAAUUUGAAACCCUGCUUCCCUUUAUUUCUUCCUCUUCCAUUUCUUCUUUCACGUUGGUCAAACUACAUCCGACGACCACCUCCUCCGCCCUCGCGGGCGACUUCUGUGUCAUCAAUUUCUGGCCUUCCCUCCUAAUCUUCAUCUUUCAUUUCCGUCAGUUCUCUCUCGGACUCCAUCAAACUACGAACACAGCUUGUGGCUGGGUUCAUUGCUGCCGCCGCCGCACUGCCCACCGCUGACAGGCUGAGGUACGAAAAUGGGCAGCCACACCACCGUAUUGUGUUAUAUGAAUGGUGAAAUUAUUGAUCGUCCAAAUGGAGUGUGUUAUAGUUGUCCUCCUAAAAAGGCUAUUUUAAUUAGCAAUAUAAAAACAUAUGAUGAGUUGGAGACGAAUAUAUGUCAUGCCUUGUCAAUUGAUCGCACUUGCAUUAAGUUAAGAAUGAUUUUCCGAUAUCCAAUUUGUGUUGCUAAUGGGAGCAUUAACUAUGAACAAGUGCCUAUUGGAGAUGAUGGUGAUGUAAGGGUAAUGUUCAAUGCUGUGACACAAUCCUCACCACGAAGUACCAUUGAAAUGUACUUAGAGACAUCUCCAAGAGAUCACCAAUCAGUGUCAAUUAGCUACACUAGACCAAUGCAUGUUGAAGUUGCUGGUCCUAGCAUGCAAAUGAAAGAGGAGAACACGUCCCCUUUGGGCUCUAAUAGUGCAACCUCUCCUAGGAUUGGGCAUAGUUAUGAUGACAAUGUUGAGCUUAAAAUUGGGAUGAAUUUGAAAACGGUGACUGAUUCAGUUAUGAUGGCGGCUAAAAACUUCGUUGAUAUCCCGGCUGGAAAUGAUGAUGCUGAUGUGAAAUUAUUUGAUGAAGAUGAGGAUAAUGUGGAUACUGAUUCUCCUACAAAGGAGGUAACUUCACUUGGUGGUGAGCAUGAAGUCUCUUCCCUAAUGUCUAAAGAAUUGAAUUGGGAUGCAAUAAAUGCUAGAUGUGCUAAGGCCCUCACAACAUGUAGUGGAUUGUGGAGUGAAUCGAAUGAUUUGUUUAAGGGAUUGAGGUUUAAGAGUAAGGCAGAUUUACAGUAUGCUGUAAAGCGUUAUUUGAUACAUAAGAAUCAACAAAUGAUUGUGACUGAAUCUGAGCCAAAUUUAUGGGCAGUCAAGUGUAGGAAGUGGAAUGAAGGUUGCAAAUGGAGGUUACGUGCAUGUCGUCUUAAAACCCAUGACAUGUUUGAAAUAACAAAGUAUACUAAUUCUCACACUUGUGUUUAUCCUAAACUAUCAGAGGAUCACUCUCAGCUGGACUCGACAUUGAUUGCAAGGGAGAUACAAAAUGUUGUUCACAGGGAUCCGAACAUAUCCAUUGCAGCAUUGCAUCAGAUAGUUAAAGGUAAAUUUGGUUAUGAUGUUCAUUAUAGAAAGGUUUGGGAAGCAAGGAAGAAAGCAAUUGAAAGAGUGUUUGGUGAUUGGGAUGAAUCUUACCAUCUUUUACCCAAAUGGAUGAACAUCCUUAAAAUAACUAAUCCUGGGACAAAGGUUGAUUGGAAGACAUCAACAAUAGGAGGCAGCCAUGACAAUGUACGCUUGAUACGUGUAUUUUGGGCCUUUGGGGCUAGUAUUGAAGGAUUCAAGCAUUGUAGACCAUUAAUACAAAUUGAUGCUAUCUUCUUGUAUGGAAAAUACAAAGGGAAGCUUUUGAUUGCAACAUCUAUGGAUGCCAAUGACAAUAUAUUCCCCCUUGCUUUUGCAAUUGUUGAGGAGGAAUCUGUGGAUAGUUGGUCUUGGUUUUUGACUGCAAUAAGGACUCAUGUCACUCAAAGAGAAGGGAUAUGCUUGAUUUCUAAUUGUCAUGUGGGAAUAGAUGAAGCUGUGAAGGAUCCUAGAGUUGGAUGGAACCCACCUCAUGCCCACCAUCGUUACUGCCUUAGGCAUGUGGCAAAUAACUUUUAUGAGAAGUACAAGAACAAGGUUCUAAAGGACUUGGUAUAUAAAGCUGGGUGUCAACAUCAGUUGCGAAAGUUUCAACGUUGUAUGGAGGAGCUAAAUCAGUUGGAAGAUAAGUGUGUUGGAUGGUUCGCGAAGUUAGACAUGAAGAAAUGGACUCAGGCAUAUGAUGAGGGAUAUCGAUAUGGGUUGAUGACCACAAAUGUUGAUGAAUGCAUAAACAAGGUGUUAAAGGGUGCCCAAAUGUUGCCUAUCACUGCAGUUGUUCAAAUGAUUUUCUAUCAUUGUGUCGACUACUAUGAGAUUCGUCGGGCAGAAAUACAAGCUCAAAUUGUGAAUGGAGGUAAGUAUACUACACAUGCCAUUAAUAAAGUUGCAAAUUAUGAGGCAAAGGCUAGUGGACACAUGGUUGCAAUCUUUGAUAAAAGGAAUGAGGUAUUUGAAGUGUCUACUAAUGUCCAUGGGUCUCAUAUAAAUAAGGGAAAAAAUAAGCAAAUCGUCAAGCUAAAAGAAGGUACAUGUACUUGUAACAAAUGGCAGUCAUUUGGCAUCCCUUGUUCUCAUGUGCUAGCUGUUUGCACCUAUGCAAAGAUUGAUGGUUGGGAGUUAGUUGACAAAUAUUAUAAGUUGGAUGCAUACGAAAGUUGUUAUACCCCCCAGUUUAAUCCCAUUCCACAUGAAGCCUAUUGGCCAACAUUUGACUUUCCUGUUGUUCAUUCAAACCCAACACUCUUACGACGGAAGGGGCGUCCGAGAUUGUCAACGAUAAGGAAUGAAAUAGGUCAGAGGGAAUCAAGUGGCAAAAUUUGGUGUGGAAUAUGUAAACAAGAGGGGCACAAUCGUCGCAAAUGUCCUACUAAAGUUAAAAGAUAAUCUUCAGACACCAUUGAGUGAAUGAACAAUAGGAUAUUUGACUAGUCCUUUAUCAUUUUAUGUCAAGAUGUUUCUCGAGGAUUUUUGUUAUUUGACUUUUGCAUUGUGAAUUAGUAUUUUAUCUAUGACAAUUAUGUUUUGUUUCAA